AUGCCCUCGCAAAAGAAACCCAUCCUCCAAGGCCACGGGAGCGGCACGGCAAAUGACACUCUAAGCACUGCGCCUCUCUUCUUCCACCACGAGGACCGAAAAUACGGCGAAUUCAGCCAAUGGUACGGCUCCAGCUUCGUCGUCAGCAAACUGCAAAUCUCCGCCCUCGUCGGGCAGCCUGUGAGCUCCUUCUGCUCCCCCGGCGACUACAGCGACGACAUUCCUUUCGUGACGGCGGAGCAGUUCAUGAUGUUCUGCAAGGCGGCCUGCUUCGGGGAUCGCAGCAUUGCCGCGCAGAUCCUGCAAACCCGGGACCCGAGGGAGCAGAAAGGUCUGGGCAGAGUCGUAGCUGGCUUCGACCCCGUCAAGUGGGAUGCAGUCAAAAGCUCUGUCGUGGCGGCGGCGAGCUUGGCAAAGUUUGGCCAGAACGAGGAGUUGAGAGCUCUCUUGCUGGGUACAGGGCGUAGAGAGCUCAUUGAAGCCGCGCCCAAUGAUCGGAUCUGGGGCAUAGGAUUCAGUGAGAAGGACGCGAGGAACAUGCGUAGCCGGCGCGAAUGGGGUGAGAAUCUGCUGGGGAGGGCCUUGGUGACCAUGACUUCGAACGCUACUACUUUGUGUGAGAGAUGCACCGCCCUGCAACUGACCAGAUCCGACUUCGCGAGCCCGCCCUUCGAGCCGGAGUCAAAGUACCACCAGGUAAUUGUCCAGGGCACCAUCGGCCAACUUCGCGAGUGCCAAGCGAGGUGCGCUUUGUGUCAAAUACUCUUGCAAGCCCUGUCUCGGGAAUACCAAGAUCGCCCCGAUGCUCUGCUGGCUGAUGAAGCGUGGGAGGCUGAGUGGUACCAAAAUAUAAUAGAGUACGACCCCAUCGCUGACGGUGCGGAAGAUCAGUACGGCUCCGCCCUCUGCCCGCGGCUGAAGGGGCAAUCAACAUCAGUCUACGGUGUCCAGCUCGUGGAUGAGCAGUCCACGCAGCAUCUUGUUCGCGGCAGGGUGAUCCCAACUCAAAUGGACGUGGUCCAGAUCAAGUCCUGGUUGGCAAGGUGCAGCAGAGAACAUGGGGAUAACUGUCUCCAGACAUACCUCUCUAUCCCUGCUCACCCAUCCAACCUCCCGGGGUUCAUGGUGAUUGAUGUUGAGGAGCUCUGCCUGGCGCAGCUGCCCGAGGGCGUGGCCUACACGACUCUAAGUUACGUAUGGGGGUCGACCAAUUCCCCGAUAACACUCAAGACGAAUGUCGACGCCUUUCGAGAACCUGGUGCAUUUAGGCGUACAAAGCUCCCCAAGACGAUCAGCGACGCGAUCGAGGUGACUUCAGCGCUGGGGUUCCGAUUCCUCUGGGUGGACGCACUCUGCAUCGUCCAGGAUGACGAUGCAUUCAAGUCGAAGCUGAUCGCCAACAUGGAAGCCGUCUAUGGGAACUCCGCGCUGACUAUUGUUGCUGCAUCAGGUGACCAUGCUGAUGCUGGAUUGGAUGGCUGGGGAAAGGAUAUGGAAGCUGGCAGCCGCCAACCGACUGUGAAGAUUGAAGAUGGAUUCAUCUUGGGAGUCCUCCCGUUCUUCGACCUUGAGCUCAUGAACUCCACCUUUGCCUCUAGGGGCUGGACAUAUCAAGAAACGGCGCUCUCAGCGCGGAGGCUCAUCUUCCUGGGCGGACAGUUCUACUUUGUAUGCCGGGGCGCCGUGUGGCGCGAGGACGUCAUGGCCGAGAGCAACCUGAUCCAGCCCUUCGAGGGCGCCAAUACUUUGGGCACGGGGGCCUCUGAAUGGACAUUGGGUCGCUACGGAGAACACGUUGCGGCGUACUCGUCCCGCAAGCUCACGUACUCGUCGGAUGCCCUCAACGCCUUUACCGGCAUUCAAAAGGCCCUGCAAGGGUCCAUGGGCAAUACCAAAUUCUGGUAUGGCCUUCCCGCCGCCGCUCUUGACUGGGCUCUCCUCUGGAAAGAAACAAAAGGAACCAAGCUGGUUCGCCGAGAGGAGUUUCCGAGCUGGUCAUGGGCCGGCUGGGACGGCUCACACAUCGUGAAUGAGGAAGGAACAACUGUUCAGGCCUGGGAGUCGCUACAUGAGAGCUCAGAAUUCCACGUGAGCGGUAGCCAAACCUCCUCUUCUCAGUCCAAGCCCCAGAACGAGGAUGGCAGUUCCCAUGCCAACAGCGAAAUAGAAUCAUUUGACAGUGAGAAUUUGGAAGAUUUCAUGCCGACUUACGGGAUGUCGCUUCGCGGUCAUCCGUUCACAGGGAGGAUGAAAGCUCGGAAACCCCCAGUAGAUACAGGCACGAGCACAGCAACUGGAUCUGGAGACAAUGAUAAAUUAUCAUCGGGCACACUCGUAUUUGAAACCCAAGUCCACCUGGUUGGAGACACAAUCGAAUUCUCACCAUCAACUGCUUAUGAUGAUACUGAUGAUUUUGAAUAUCAAAUCAUAGACAAGAAAACCCAAAAGGUUUGUGGCCUGGUCUGGACCAAAGACGUCCUCCCGCAGCCAGGGUCGGGAAAAGGAGACUGGGUCGGCUUACUAGCUUUGUCUUUUGCGGCGCCCAGCACCCUCGAUCGAAAGGCGCUCGAGGAGGGUGGACUCAAUGAAAUAUAUCUUCAAACUGCGGCGCAAGAGACAUCUGUCGACGGCGAGAUAAGUCUUGGGGAAUGGCACGAAUGGGACUUCUUCAACGUCAUGUUGAUCCAUGGUCAAGGUGGCACUGGUAAUGUUCGUCCUAUCUUGGAAAAAAGCAAUGGGGCUAAUCCCCAAUACACAGUUGAUAAAAUGCUCCAUGCAGAGCGUCACGGCUUAGGAUUGAUGCAUAGGGAUAUAUUGAUGGAUGAAACUCGCGAACUGGACUGUAAGGUUAUUGCUCUCAGAUAA